UGAUGGAAGAGAACGAGGAGAGUGAAGAACUGAGUGAAGUGGAGGAGAAACAUCAUGACAAACCUGGAGAAAAACCCUUGAGUCGCUCAAACUCUAAAAAGACAUUUUUAAAGAAAUCUUUCACCUGCACUCAGUGUGGAAAGAGUUUCUCAAACAAACAAAGUCUUAAGCGUCACAUAAGAGUUCAUACUGGAGAAAAGACACAUGCAUGCGAUCAGUGCGGGAAGAGCUUCAUGCGAUCAUCUGACCUUGCGAGACACAUGAGAAUGCACUCUGGAGAGAAGCCGUUCACAUGUGAUCACUGCGGGAAGAGGUUUCCAUACAAAGAAAGUCUUAAAGUUCACAUGAGAGUUCAUACUGGAGAGAAGCCAUUCACUUGUGAUCAGUGCGAAAAGAGAUUCUCCAACAAACAAAAUCUAGAGAUUCACAUGAGAGUUCAUACUGGAGAGAAGCCGUUCACCUGCACUCAGUGUGGAAAGAGUUUCACAUACAAAGGAAAUAUUAAAGUUCACUUGAGAACCCACACUGGAGAAAGACCGUUCACAUGCGAUCAGUGCAGGAAGAGCUUCUCACAAUUAGCACACCUUAAAGAGCACAUGAACAUCCACACCGGAGAGAAGCUGUACGCAUGUGAUCAAUGCGGAAACACAUUUCUUUGGGCAUCAGCCCUGAAGACACACCUGAGAGUUCAUAAGAAGGAGAAGCCGCAUUCAUGUUCUUGUGGGAAGACUUUUACUUCAGUGAGCAGUUUAAAACGGCACCAGAUGAUUCACACUGGAGAAAAACCGUACAAGUGUUCACACUGUGACAAGAGAUUCAGUCAGUUAACACAUCUGCAAACACAUGAGAGGAUCCACACUGGAGAGAAACCGCAUGCAUGUGAUCAGUGCGGGAAGAGUUUCACUGUUAAAAGUCACCUGAAGAUACACCUGAGAGUUCAUACAAAAGAGAAGCCACAUUCAUGUUCUUUGUGUGGAAAGAGUUUUUCACGUCUAGAACAUUUGAAAGAACAUCAGAAAAUACACACUGGUGUGAGAGAGUACAUGUGCUUUGAGUGUGAAAAUACUUUUACUUCAGCAAACUGUUUAAAACUGCAUGAGAGGAUCCACACUGGAGAGAAACCAUACAAGUGUUCACACUGCGACAAGAGCUUCAGAGAUUCAGGAGACCUGAAAAGACACGAGAAGAUCCACACUGGAGAGAAACCGUAUCACGGCACUGCAUGUGGGAAGUGUUUCAAUCAAUCAUCUUCUCUUCACAGA